AGAAAGAGAGGGUUUGAGAGAGAUGGGGAGGAGGAUAUUGAAUGAUGCGCUGAGGACUAUGGUGAAUGCAGAGAGGAGAGGGAAAGCUACGGUGGAGCUCAACCCAAUCUCCACUGUCAUCUCUUCCUUUCUCAACAUCAUGAAACACCGUGGCUAUAUCAAGGACUUUCAAGUCUAUGAUCCACAUAGAGUGGGGAGGAUAACAGUACAACUACAAGGUAGGAUUAACGAUUGCAAGGCCCUUACUUACCGACAAGACCUCAAGGCAAGGGAUGUUGAAGCCUUCAGAUUGCGCACUCUUCCAACACAUCAGUGGGGUUAUGUUGUGAUUACUACUCCUGAUGGUGUUUUGGAUCAUGAAGAGGCCAUUAGAAAGAAUGUAGGUGGCCAGGUUCUUGGUUACUUUCACUGAAAAUAAUCAUUGUCAUGUUAGUUUGACCAGCUAUUGUGUUCAACUAUAUUUCCUGAUAAACAUUGAAUGAAUUCGAUGACGGAAUGUUUUUUUUCGGCAAUGGGGUUUUUGCUUUCUAUUAUUGCAUUGUCAUGUAUGAAUUUUACUGCAGUUCAUGCGUGAUGAGUGGGAUGGAUUGGAUUUUGUGCUUUGUUGAAAUUAUUACUGUUUUUGUUAAAUAAUAGACUAGACAUGAAUGGAUAUUAUAUCACCUUCAUUUGUAGUUUUCUUCAAAUUCAGAGUUGCAUUUAUGUAGUCCUUAGUUAAUUUUCCAUAGAAUUGUAGUCUUGGAGGAGAAGAAGAAUGCUUCCUUCUAGACGAUAGUUAAUGUUGACAUUUAGUCUCCAACCCUGUCACAGUGGAUAUUUAUAAUACCUAAAAAUUUAAAGACCAAUUAUUUUUGCUAGGUUUUUUCAGCCCUUGUAACUAACUAAACAUGUUGAAAAAGACAUGUACAACCGUAUUUGCCAUCCAAUUUAUGGUAAAAUAAGAAAUAGCUCAGCUAUGUAGAAGAUUUGUGGUUCUGAUUU